UUGUUUUGAACACUGUCAGUAUUGGAGAUUGGAUGGUUUCCGUAUCUGUGCAACAAGCAUUACAGAAUUGUCAUAAAGGCUUAGAUAACUUAAGUUUAAGAAGGCAGCAUAGAGCUAACAGUGUACUUACAUAUAUAAGAAAAGGAUAUACUUAGCUACAAAACACCCUGAUGAACGGUCUGUUGAGAACUAUUAUUUAGACUUACAAAAGAAACUUAAGUAAACGAGUUGCCUCACAAUGGUUAUGAAAAAUGAUAAGACGAACGUCAACGUCGUCCCUUGCACGUUGGUGGGUGACGGUAUGGUAGGAAAGACGUCAAUGGCGUUAGCGUUUGUCAACCGAGAGCCGCCGGAUCAAGAGUACGUCGCCACCGUCUUUGACGACUAUGCUGGUUCGGUUAGUGUCCAUGGAGAAGCAUACACAGUCAGCAUCUUUGACUCAGCCGGACAGCAUGACUAUGAAAGCGUUCGUGCAUUCAGCUAUAGAGACAGUGAAGUAAUUGUCGUCUGCUACAGUGUACUCGAGAAAGACUCGCUAUUAAAUGUCAAGGACGUUUGGGUUCCGGAAGCCAGACAAUUGACCAAACGGAAAAAGGCGAUCGUUUUGAUUGGUUGCCAAACGGACAUGCGGGAAGAAGGAAACACUGACCACGUGACCACAAGCGUAGGUAAUGACCUUGCAAAAGACAUUGGUGCAGAUGCGUUCCUAGAGUGUUCGUCAACGUCCAUGAGUAGUAUCUCGGAAGUGUUUCAAACUGUCGUGAAAACCGCACUGAAAAGUCGGAAACGGAAAUCAAGUCUAAUUCGGCGGUUACUUCGACGAUAACAUUAUCUGGACAAUCAUCCUACAUACAGAAGUUCUUCUUUGGAAAUUGGUGCAAUCUCUUAAUGUUUUAAAACAUUGCUCGUUAUACUGCCAGCGUCACAUCACGCCGUUAACAUGCACUUCCGAACAUGAUAUGAGUAUUAUAUAAACUCUUAAGAAACAAUUUUCGCAUAGCGAGUCCCAUAUUUAUUUAUUAUUCGCUCAUUAUCAUAAACGAGCAUUUCACUUCGUAUCAACUUCAUAAUCGUAGUGUGUGUGUGUGUUUGCAAGACAAGGUCAUUCGUUUAUCGUUCGUUGUCGUCGGCGGUGAACUAUAUUGGUAUUUGACUUGCCAUCAGUCCUAUGCUUGUAUUCUUGUUGUCGGCAAUAGUGAUGAACAUGCUAUUAUUCUCGUUGUCGGCAAUAGUGAUGAACAUGCUAUUAUUCUUGUUGUUAUCCAAUGCUAUCGACACUAACUACACGAAAUGGAAUUCGACAUGCUAUCAAUCUCAUUGUCGGCAAUAGUGAAAUAUUUUGGCAUUUGACAUGCGAUCCUUUUCAUUAUAGUUUUUUGUUGCCGGAAAUAGAGAUUGACACGCUAUCUUUUUCAUUAUAUUUUUUGUCGGCAAUAGCGAUACACAAUGGUAUUUUACAUGUUAUUAUUCUCCUGUCGGUU